UGGCCGCGCUGCUGCAUCUGCAGCAAACGUGGGGCGCGUGGGCGGGCAACAGCAACGCCUCCAUUGCGUGCUCUGCAUGGGCUGGUGUCACGUGUAGCCCCAAAGGGCUCGUUGUUUCCCUGGAUACAAAAGCUCUUCCUCUCGAUCCUCCCCCAAGUGGCGCCAUACCUUCCUCCAUCACGAAUCUUGCCACUCUCCAGUAUCUCGAUCUUAGCUAUAUUGAUCUGGAGGGACCCAUUCCACCACUCCACAGUCUCUCCCGGCUCACCCAUCUAUACAUAGGAGCAGAUGGUUGCAGGCUGACUGGCACUCUAGACGGACUCUCCUGGAUUUCCUCCCUUCCCCGCCUGCACACGCUCGGUCUCUUUGACCUGUCCAUGCUCACAGGGGACUUGUCCUCCCUUGCAAUUUUAUCUCAAUUGGACAGCCUCCAGGACUU